UCUCAACCGCGGAACAAUUGUUGGCCAAACACGUGUUUCACUGGGACAAUAGCGAGUGGUGCACACUUCCUUCGCUUAGCCACAGAACAACAAAAAAGUCCCAUUUGAGAGUUGUUGGUGUAACAAUAGGAAGAAUAUAUUCCACCCCUCUCUUCUACACGCGGCUUAUGAGAAGGAAGAACAAGGAAAGGAUAUUGCGCGUAAAAGUAAAGCGAACUAAUCACAGCUAUGUAGUCCUGGUCACCGUUGACGUGAGGUGGGACUAUUUUGGAGGUGCACGUCAAGGUUGGCUGAAGAACGUCCUCUUAAGCAUUGGGAGGAUCCACAGCUGCCCCACAUUAAAGAGGAAGAGUAGGAUCUCUGGGUUACUCAGGAGGAAGAGUUUGUUCCAGGGCAGGAGGAGGCGGAUCUCGGCAAGUUUCCACUGACUGUUGUCUCUGUGAAGACUGAAGAGCAUGAAGACAAACCACCUGAGUCCUCACAGCUUCAUCACAGUCCAAACGUCUAUGAAAAAUAUCGUCCACCUGGGCAGCAGGACGGGUCAACUAGUAUGGAGCAGAAAAGGUCACAGCACCUCCACGUGAAAGAAGAGGAGCCACAGCCCCCCCACUUUAAAGAUGAAGAAAAACAGCGGCUGUCACCCCACUUCAUAGAGGAAGACAAGAGACGCCUCAUUAGUGUGAAGAGUGAAGAUGAUGAGGUCAAAGAUGAGAGUGAACAGAAGUGGAGCUUCAGGAUGCGGACAAAGGAGCCACAGCCCUCCCACAUUAAGAAGGAAAAGGAAUACCUACUGACACACCAUUUUAAAGAGGAAGCGGUGGAUCCACAGAGCCCUCACAUUAAGGAGGAAGAGGGGGAUCCACUGACCCCUCACAUUAAAGAGGAAGAGGAGGAACACAGCAUCAGUCUGGAGGUAGAGCAUCUUGAAGAACUGGAGCAGGUUGAUUUCACCAAGAUGCCAGUGACUGGUGUCCCUGUGAAGAGUGAAGAUGAUGAGGUCAAAGGUGAAAGUGAGGAGAAGAGAGAGGCGGAGCCUCCAAGCAGCAGCUCAACACAACACAUGACAACAGAAGCUGAUGGAGACCACUGUGGAGGAUCACAAGGGGACAAGCUCUUAGCACCAUUAUCAGAUAGUGAGGACACAACGUCACACUCUCCUGACACUGAUGAUGAAGACUCUAAAGAUGAUAAGACAUGUCACACUGACAACACUCACCUCAAAUGUUCUCUCUGUGGCAAAACUUUUAAAUCUCCUAGUAAAUUGAAAAGACACAUGAGAACACACACUGGAGAAAAACCUUUUUCAUGUUCAAUAUGCGGUAAAGAUUUUAGUCAUAGGCACAAUUUGAAAGAACACAUGAGAAUACACACUGGGGAAAAACCUUUUUCUUGUUCAAUCUGCGGUAAAGAUUUUACUCAAAGACAAAAUUUGAAAGCACACAUGAGAACACACAAUGGAGAAAAACCUUUUUCAUGUUCAAUCUGUGGUAAAGAUUUUACCCGAAGGGACCAUUGCAAAACACACAUGAGAAUACACACUGGAGAAAAACCUUUUUCCUGCUCAGAAUGUGGUAAACGUUUUGUAAUAAAUCGAAAGUUAAAAGUACACAUGAGAAUACACACUGGUGAAAAACCUUUUUCCUGCUCAAAAUGCGGUAAAAGUUUUGCCAUAAAUCAAAGUUUAAAAAGACACAUGAGAACACACACUGGUGAAAAACCUUUUUCAUGUUCAAUCUGCGGUAACGAUUUUACUGUAAGGCCUCAUUUUAAAUCACACAUGAGAACGCACUCCGGUGAAAAACUAUACUCCUGCUCAAGCUGCAACAAAAGCUCUCAUUACCUAAACAGUCUUAAAGUACACAUGAGAAGACACACAGGAGAAAAAGUGUUGAGUUGCAGUGUGUGUGGUGAAAGAUUCUCUUAUAAGUACCAGUGCAAGAAACACAAGUGUGCUGGUGAGAACAGCAGGAGCAAAUGAAACUGCAGGAUUUGAAAUAAACUGUCAAUACUUUAAUUUAGACUUUCUAACAACAUCAGCAAAUAUAACAUGUGUGACAUCAUUGUUGUGUGUGUUUGAUUCUAACAUUUAUAUAUUAGACACUUCAGAUUAGUGCUAUUAUUUCAGUCAAGUACAUGAGUUAAUAUACACAUUUGUGUACUUUAAAAUGAACAGAACAAUUUGACUAAAAGGGUGAGAAUAAACAGUACAUAAAAUAUGUUAUAUACAAUGAACAUUUAAUGUGUAGAUAUUCAUAAUUCACUUUUAUACUUAUUCAUAAUAUUGUUUUAUAUAUGUUUUUGAAAUAAUGACGUGUUACAUAUUUAAUUUUCUAAGUGUAGAUAAUUCAAUUGAUGACCUCCUUUAUAUGAUAUACAUAUUUGUUUCACAUGAGUUCAUACCUUUGAUUUUGAGUACACAUAAAUCCUUCUUAGUUCAUAUGUACUGGUUCACAUUUGAAACAUCUUCUGGACCUCUUCUGGAAGCAUAUUAUUUACUUUAUACAUCUUUUGAGCAGUUGCAUGUAUACAAGAUCAUUUUCUCACAAAAUGUGUGACUUUAUGAAUCAUUUGUUGGUUGUCUAUAAUCUAUUCUAUUAAUCAUCUUUAUUACUUUCUUGUGUAAUAUAAAUAUUGUGGUGUGAUUGUUUUAUAUGUAUGUCCCCAGACCUUUAUGCAAUAAACAAUGUAUGCUUCAA